AUGAUAACUGAUAAGGAAUUGUGCGCUGAUUUUAAAAACCAUCAUCGUAAAAGAUUAGCUCCUAAACGAUAUGAUUGUAAUGCCACAACCCAAGCUGAAUUCACAAUGCAUCUAUUUUAUAGAAAAGAAUUUAAAAUGGUUCUAGAUACCCUAUUAAAACUAACAAAUGAUAAUUUAAAAUCAUGUAUUUCUUCUAUUCAACCAUUAUUUACUCAACCAUUUAAUAAAAGCAAUAUUCCUUUUUGUUUGUUCCCGCACCAAGCAGUGUAG